GAAAGAGUAGUGAUCCAAGCUACUUCUCACAACAAAUAUUAUUCCAAUUGAACCCAAUCUUUCUCUUUUGUACAUCUUUUUCUUCUUGCUCAUUUCCACUUUUCGUUUGGAUACCGCACGAUUCGUCCCUUGCACCUGCAUUCUACUCUCCUGUACGUACUGCUCUUCUUGUCACCAAGAGCUAGCGCCAAUUAAACGCUUCAGCAAUCGCGGAUGUGCGUUGUGGAAAAGUGACUUCUCUUUUACUAAAUCGAGCUUUCGUUCUUGAAACCAUAAAAAAGAAAAAGCAGCAACAAAACUAUAUUCACUCUAUAUAAAAGAGAGAAAGGCACAACCCCAUCUUCAAUGACAAUAUCACUCCGCUAAACAACAGAAAAGAGAAAAAGAAACACUUCACAAGCACAACUACGUGUUUAUUUACGUUAGUCAAACAACUUUUGGGAGAGCAAAGAUACUUCGACGAGUUCCCGUGGAAAUUUUGCGUAUUACUGCCGGUCCUUCGCUUGUAAAAGCAGUGGUGCUCACGUUUCAGUUUCUCCUUUUCUUUUUCAAAAACUACUCUGCUCUGUUUUCAUCAUUUUUUUCCCUUUUAGUCGGUCUUUCGUUUCCCUUUUUCCCUCUAAACUAACUGAUUUGGCUUCGUUUACUGUAGAGGUUAGCACGUGUGUGCGUUGUCUUAGAGGAAGAGCUGCCUAUUUCCCUGAAAGGCACAUAUUGACAAAGAGGAACGCUUCACACGACCCUAUACAUACACACACAUAUAUAUCAAUAGUGCCUUUCACAGCAUUUCUACCUUAGUUCCCUUUUCUCAGAGUUCUUCUAUUUUUCUUUUCUGUUACUGAUUUGUUUUCUUCCACAAAAGUUGUUUGAUAGUUUCGUCUCUUCUCUUCGCCUUCCACUUUUCAUUUUGUUUUCGCUUUCAGAAUCGUAAAUUGAAAUUGUCUCUCAAUGUCCACGUCUUACCCUUUCCUCACUCUUGGUGACGUAUACGAUUACCUGCCCAAUUUUAAUCCUGAUUAUGAAUUGCAGGUUGGGGAUUGGGUCGUAAUUCAACCGUGGCGCAUCUCAACUCUUCUGGACCCCCUCAUCGCCGUCUGGGAGCAGAAAUCGGUGGCGCAAGGCGUGACAGCGCCUGGGAGUCCUUGCGGGCCUGCGCCGCAGUACACGUUGGACCAACUCUUGCCAGAGCCCUUGAAUCUUCGACGGCGAGCUCUGUCGUGGAAUGGCGAGGGGUCGCGCCUGACCCAUUCGCGGUUCCCACGAUUGGCGCGGCUGUCGAUGGCACGCGGGCAUUUUUGCCAACGGAAGCGUAGACACGUCCUGGAACUGACCGGGAGGAAGGAUAGCGAGGCCGGCUGUGAACACAUGGAGGCGGAGAGCGAUAAUUUGUACUUUCACAUGCGUCUUGGUCUUCUUACGCCGUCCCGCCCUUACAUCUUCGGUGGGCUGGACAUCGUCGAGGUGCUCGCGUGUCCGUCCGAGGAGGACAACGCGGGGGAGAACGGGGCGAGCGAGACCACCUCUGACGCGCCGCGUACAGCGGCCCCCUCAACAAUGUAUCUGAAUCUACUCACCGGAGAGACUUUAACGCGCGAGGAGGCCGUGAGCCGCGUCUCUAACGCGCUGGCGUACGCCUCUGCCACCCCUACGUGGUCCUCCCCCAUUGAAGAGGCGGCUGAGAAGGAGUGGCAGCAGUGGGUAGCUCGAAGAGUGUUCAAACUGUCCCUACCGCAACCCUGUAGCUAA